UGGCUGCCGUAUUAGAAAUGGAAAAGAAAAAAUAACUCCAAAAAAAAACUAAAUUAAAGAAAAUAUUUGAUGAAAAUUUGUGAAUAAUUUGGAAAAUUCAUUGAGAAUUGUGUGGAAUAUUGCAAAGAAAAUUACGGAAAACAAUAGUUCCCUGUAGAACUGCAAUAAAAAGCGAACGAAAAAAAUACACUAAAAAAAUCUAUCUAUUGCUGGUGUUCUUUUGUGGUGUGUAUGUGUGUAGAGAAGAAAAAUAAUAAAAAAAAAUCCAAGAAAAUAAAUUGUGGAAACGCAUCUAACGCCUCAACAAAUCCCAGCCAUUUAACCAACAAAAACACCCCCCCCCCCCAGAAAUUUCCUUUUUCUCUUUCUUCUCGUUGGGUGAUGAAGAAUUACCGCAAACAUAGAUUCACGCAAGCGUAAAAGGUUUCUACAGACCACAAUGAAGGAGAUGGUCGGAGGAUGUUGCGUUUGUUCUGAUGAGCGUGGAUGGCCCGAAAAUCCACUUGUGUAUUGUGAUGGACAGAAUUGUACUGUGGCGGUGCAUCAGGCAUGCUAUGGCAUUGUUACCGUACCCACGGGUCCAUGGUUUUGUCGUAAAUGUGAAAGUCAAGAGAGGUCGACGCGGGUGCGUUGUGAGCUGUGUCCCUCGCGGGAUGGUGCUUUGAAGAAGACCGACAAUCAAGGUUGGGCACAUGUGGUCUGUGCCCUCUACAUACCGGAGGUGCGUUUUGGUAAUGUUACCACAAUGGAACCCAUCAUACUGCAGUUGAUACCUCAGGAGAGGUAUGGAAAAAACUGCUAUAUCUGCCAGGAAAUGGGCAAGCCCCAUCGCGCCACUGUCGGCGCCUGUAUGCAGUGCAAUAAAUCCAAUUGUAAACAACAAUUCCAUGUGACAUGUGCCCAAAGUCUGGGGCUGUUGUGUGAGGAGGCCGGCAACUAUUUGGACAAUGUCAAAUACUGUGGCUAUUGCCAGCAUCAUUAUAGUAAAUUGAAAAAGGGUGGCAAUGUCAAGACCAUACCACCCUAUAAACCCAUUAGCCAUGAUACAUCGUCGGAUUCGGGUUCAUCACCGGAAAAGGAGAUUGACUCAACCAUGAGUGCCACGGCCUCAUCCACCUCGGCGACCAGCAUUAAGAUAACCACAAAUAUGGCCUCCUCGUCCUCGUCGUCAUCGUCCAAACAAAGAAAGUCCUCAAAUGCCACCAAACAGUCAUCAUCGUCGUCAUCCUCCUCGGUGGCGGCCUCAGCCUCGGCCUCCUCGUCAUCGUCGGCAUCGGCUGGCAACAAUAAUCUUUCUAGUUCUUCGGCCCAUAAUCUAGGCAAUACGCCCAGUGGAGGUUAUGGCGGCACUGGCCCCAGCAACUCUCUAGCAAUAGGUGCAGGCACCAAUUCUUCUUCAUCUUCUUCAAAUAUCAAAUCAUCCUCCUCAUCAUCGGGUGGUGGCGGCGGUGGUGGUACCUCCUCAUCGGGCAGUUACAAAGACAAGGAUGGCGGAAAACAUAGUAAAAAUCCCAAUAAGCUAUCAAGCUCUAGCAAAGAUAAGGAAAAAGAAAGCUAUUCUUCGUCUUCAACAUCAUUUUCCUCCUCGCGGGACUCUCGCGAGAAAUCAUCGAAAUCGUCAAAAACCAAGGACUCUUCAUCAUCAUCGUCUAGCAGUAGUAAUCUUAAUUCCACAACAGCGGGAGCGGGAGGCUCAUCAAAUAACUCCAAUAAUUUAUUUUCCUCAGAUCCACAUCAUGCCCAUCAUCAUGGUAGCAAUCAAGGUGUUCAAAAUCUAUCCACCUCCAAUGCGGGAGGUAACAUGACAUUUGGUGGGGUAUCUUCAAACUCCAGCAAUUUACAUGGCAAUAUGACAACAUCCUCAUCUGUUUCCUCCUCCUCUUCCUCUGCGGCAAGUGGUGGCAACUCUGCAAAAGAAAACAACAAAAAUCCCUUUUCUUCGUCCAACACAAACUCUGCCACCAGUGGUGGUUCAUCGGGAAAUCAAACAAAUUCCAAUUCUAAUUUUCUCUCCGAACAUCAUUCAGAUGCCACCAAUUUAACACCCAUACCCAUGGAUAUUAUACCACCCAGCAACAGUAGUAGUACGGGUGGCAACUCAAAUAUGCCCACAAAUCUAUCAUCGUCCUCUUCUUCGUUCAAUAAACAUUCAAACAAUUCAAUGCCCUCCAUAAGUGGCAACGGUUCAAAUCCCAAUCUUCAUGGCAGUUCAUCAUCCCAACCAUCCUCCUUUACAUCGAAGAAACGCAAAAGUGAUGCAAAGUCGAGUAAUUUUUCGUCCGAUGAUGUUAAUAAUUCCUUCCGUGAUAUUAUUAAAGAUGUAACCGUGACCCUGACACCCCUAACAGAUUUUGAAAAGGAAAUCGAAAAGAGCUCAAAGAAGCAAAAAACCGAAUUAAGUCCACCUGCACAUCAAACGAUAGCCAGCAGCAGCAAUGAAUCCGCCACAGCACAAAGUAAUCGGGACUCAUCGGCAACAGCGAUAUCAUUAUCAACCUCCAAUAACAGCCAAACAUCAGCAUCGGCGGCGUCACAUCAUAAAUCAAAUGAAGCCAAAGUCAAUGCAUCUUCAGCGGGUUCCAGUACGGGAGGUGGCCUGGCAACAUCUUCGGCAACAACACAUAAAAAUUCCAGUACAGCAGCUGCGGCGGCUGCAGCAGCGGCUAAAGAGCGUGAGGAACGUUAUGCCGCUGCUCAGGCCGCUUUGGCGGCAGCAAAUGGUGGAAGUAUGUCAUCUACGACGGCAACAACUUCGCCCUCUGCCACGGGUAAUGUUGCUGCGCCAAGUCUAUAUGUAUCCGUGCCAUUGUCAAAUGCAAAUGUACCUGGAAUCAAUAUACCAACAACAACAGCAGCGGGAAGCACAACGGGAAGUCAAGAACAACACAUAACAGGACAAACAACCACGCGAUCAACUAGUCAACAGCAACAAUUGGCGGCUGCAGCAGCGGCAGCAGCAGCAGCCUCAUCCACAACAUCAUCACCCAUGGAUCGUCAAUCACCUUUUAAUAAUUCUGCCAACUCUUCGACGACAUCGUCGAUACCAUCACCGGUCAAUCAACAACACAGUAGUGUUAUUUAUCAACAGCCAAGUGGCAAAUCUCCCAAUACCCAUGGGACAGGAGCGGCCGGUGGUGCAGCCUCAUCAACAGGCAUUAAUCUAACAGCCUCCACAACAGAAACCGGCAAUUUAAAGAUUAGCUAUGAAAAACAAUCAUCGGCAUCCUCAUCAUCGUCACGUGUUAGUCAAAUACAAGAUCAGGAGACGGCACCCAUGAGACGUAGCAGAACUCCCGACAGCGGUGUCUUCUCAUCCUCCUCAUUCAAUGUCAGCAAUGCCAGCACCACCAGCUCAUGUUCAUCCAGCACCUCCAUGAAUAUGGGAGGUCUGAAAUUCUCCUAUGAACCGCAGAGUGGAACCGGUGCCUCUUUUUUACCACCCCCCAUGGAUGGCAGCACUAGUCUGGUGGCCGCCGUCAAAGAUUCACCACCCAGUUCGCCGGGUUCAGAGGCCGGCAGUAGUAGCACAACAACAACAGCGGCCACAACACGUAAACGCGGUCGACGAGCAAAAGAGGCUAAUUCAAAUCCCGCAACGGCGACCAGUAGUUCCUCCUCCACCUCCUCCUCCUCAACAACAACAGCACAAAACACCAGCAUACCAAAUGAUCUCAAAGACAUUAAAGUAUUUCAAAAUGGUUUACCACCACCAUCGGCCCCGGCCAGCAAUUCAUCUCAGCAACAGCCAACAACAUCGGCUGCUGCAGCUGCCGCAGCCGCAGCAGCAUCUUCCUCCUCUACACAACCUGCAGUUACAGUUACCACCGCCCCUCAUAUGUUGGGUAAUCAACUGAAUCCCAACAGUGGUAUGGCUCAAAAACUUUCCGACCAACUGAGCAUGGAGAUACAAGAUCACAAUGCCUAUACGGGCCCGGAGGCUGUUAUGCCGCAGUUUGUGGGGGUGCCAUUCCCCGGGAAAUUGCGCAAUACCUCAACGCCCAGUUUGGCAGCUCCUGCUGCACCACCCAGUACAACCUCCGCGGUUAGUGCUGGACCAAGUCCUUUGGCCUCAAUGUUUGGCAGUGGAGCCAAUGGCAGUUUGGCCAUACCCCAGAGUCUGGAACAAUUGCUAGAACGGCAAUGGGAGCAGGGGUCACAAUUCUUGAUGGAACAAGCCCAACAUUUUGACAUUGCCUCUUUGCUGUCCUGCUUACAUCAACUGCAAACCGAAAAUGUGCGCCUGGAGGAACAUGUCUCCAGUUUAAUAGCACGGCGUGAUCAUCUAUUGGCUGUCAAUGCACGCUUGGCCAUACCGCUGAAUGCCACCACCAAUACGUCACAGAGUCAAGCUGCUGCGGCGGCUCAACAGGCCAAUAAUAACGCCGGUGCUACGGCCACAAUGAAUUCAACAACCGGUCAUCAUUCGGCUUCGUCCUCUUCAGGCUCCUCCGCAAGUGUGACAUCAAGUGCUUCCUCGCUGGCAACUGCUGCAUCGCUGGCCACAGCGGCAACCACCUCCAUAUCGGGUACAACAUCGUCGAGCACAUCAAGACAGCCAACACCAUCGGGACCAAUGGCAUCAGUACCACCAACAUCCGCCACCGGCGGCGGGCUCUCCGCCACGGAGAGGAGUCGGUCCAACAAUAACAUGGAAAAUGGUUUGGAUUUCCGACAAACCAACAGUCUUUCGAAUAGCAAUGCCAUGGCAAUGGUGUCUGCAGGCCAUGGCAGCAGUGGAAUGGGUAGGCAUCAUUCAGCUGCAGCACCUGGAGCAAUUGCAUCAAAUAAUAGCAAUAACAACAACACUAGCAAUAAUAACAAUACAAAUGCCAGCAAUGCACAAAUGCUUGGCUCUUCGGCGAUGUUGGUGCAACAACAACAACAGCAGCAACACCAUCAACAACAUUUGCAUAUGCAGCCAAUGCCGCAACAACAACAGCAGCAGCAGCCGCAACAUAUGCCACAUCAUGCAACGCAUCAUGCACCACCACCCCCAAUGCCUCCACAGCAGCAGCAGCAACAAUCACACCAUCAACAACAACAUUUGCAACAACAACAUGCCACCACCACCACAUUGCACCAGCAACAGCAUCACACGCACUUAUCGUCCCAUUCAACAUCAUCUUCAUCCCAGAAUUCCUCCGCCUCCAAUGCAAUCUCCUCGUCGGCAUCUACGGCCCAGCAGCAACAACAACAACUGCAACAAACGCUGCCACAUCUCAUGUCCACUUCGCGUAUUGGAGGUAAUUUAUCCACUAAUACAAAUUGUCUAAAUCCAACUACUAAUCUAAGUGGGGCCAGUCGCAUGGCAGGAGGAUACCACCAUUCACAGGUCAACAGCACCACCCCCACCACGAACAAUAACAACAACAACAAUUCUUCCUCUAAUAUCUCCUCUUCUUCUUGUGCUAUGAAAGAUGGUGAGCAUUCUUCUUCUGCUGCUGGUGUUAGUAGUGGUGGUUCCAUACAACUCCAGGGUGGUGGUGUCCUAAGUUUGACAAAAUCUUCCCAUAAGAUUGAUAAUAGCCUUCAACACCACCACCAUCACCACCAACAACAACAUCAUCAUCUCCAUCAUGGCCAACAUGGUGCUGGUAGCAUUGGUGCACAUUUCAGCUCCUCCUCCUCCACCACCUCCAAGAUUUCUUCUUGUUCUUCUACUUCAACUACUGCCAAGGGUGGCACAAAUUAUCCCGGGCCUUAUAAAGCCCAUAUGCAGUCACAACUAAGGCGAGACGAUAACAUACCAAAGGCCAGCUGAAAUUUAUACUCACAUGAAAUGCCGGCAAAAUCAGCGAAAAAACCUAGCAACAAUAGCCAACUGGGCAAAAGUGUAAUGGCAAAAGAUGACAACGCAAACAAGAAACCACACUCCAAUUCGAAGGACCACAAAAAACAGCAGACAAAAC